AUAGUGAAGGGUAUAGUUUUUAGAACCAGCCCACCUAUAGCUUCAAGUCUCCGGAUCUACCAUUUCAACAGCUUUGCCUUCAGCAAGCCCUGCACGUCAAUAUUCUCAAUGACUAUGCUCAAGGUGCUUCAAAAGGGGGUUGAAAAAAUAGUACCCUUCUCACUAGGUUGAUGAGGGUAUUAAAUUAUAGGAGGCACAGAGUGGGAACAGAACCAAAGCCAGCUUUACCAUUUAUCAAGAGUAGCCCCUUGGGCAAAUCCAGGUAUGGUGAAGGCUGAGAACUUUUCUUCAUGCAGUAACUGACGUCUCCCUGUCACAUCUCACCCCGGGCACAGCCUCCAUGCAGAGAGCCAAUCACUCCACAGUGACCCAAUUCAUCCUCGUGGGCUUCUCCGCCUUCCCCCACCUCCAGCUGACGCUCUUCCUGCUGUUCCUGCUGAUGUACCUGUUCACGCUGCUGGGCAACCUGCUCAUCAUGGCCACCGUCUGGAGCCAGCGCAGCCUCCACACGCCCAUGUACCUCUUCCUGUGCUCCGUCUCCGAGAUCCUCUACACCGUGGCCAUCAUCCCGCGCAUGCUGGCCGACCUGCUGUCCGCGCAGCGCUCCAUCGCCUUCCUGGCCUGUGCCAGUCAGAUGUUCUUCUCCUUCAGCUUCGGCUUCACCCACUCCUUCCUGCUCACCGUCAUGGGCUACGACCGCUACGUGGCCAUCUGCCGCCCCCUGCGCUACAACGUGCUCAUGAGCCCGCGGGGCGGCGCCUGCCUGGUGGGCUGCUCCUGGGCUGGCGGCUCAGUCAUGGGGCUGGUGGUGACCACGGCCAUUUUCCGCCUCACCUUCUGUGGACCCAGUGUGAUCCACCAUUUUGCUUGCCAUGUGCCACCUCUGUUGAAGUUGGCCUGUGGAAAUAAUGUACCCGCUGUAGCCCUGGGCGUGGGCUUGGUGUGUAUCACGGCCCUGCUGGGCUGUUUUCUCCUCAUCCUCCUCUCCUAUGUCUUCAUCGUGGCCGCCAUCUUGAAGAUCCCUUCUGCUGAAGGCCGGAACAAGGCCUUCUCCACCUGUGCCUCUCACCUCACUGUGGUGGUCGUGCACUAUGGCUUUGCCUCUGUCAUUUACCUGAAGCCCAAAGGUCCCUGGUCUCUGGAAGGUGACACCUUGAUGGGCAUCACCUACACGGUCCUCACGCCCUUCCUCAGCCCCAUCAUUUUCAGCCUCAGGAACAAGGAGCUGAAGGUCGCCAUGAAGACCUUCUUCAGUAAACUCUACCCAGAAAAAAAUGUAACGAUCUAGGAGAAAUUCACUGGGCACAACUAAAUUGGAUUACCGAAGGCUAUUGUUAAAAAUUACAUUCCGUGGUGGCUCACGCCUGUUAUCCCAGCACUUUGGGAGGCCGAGGGAGGCGGA